GUUAUUGUGAAUGCUAUCGAUACUUAUCGAACACAUGGUGCCCGCUCUUUUACCUGUAAAUAAAUAGCGUAACUCCGCGGAUAAAAGCAAUAAAUGCUUAUGAUUCCUCAACUGCAACGUUUGGGAUUGUUUGUGAGCCGUAGGUUCCUGGGCACAAAUAGCUUCAUCACUUCCAAUUCAACUGCCAGAAUGAGCAGCAACCAAAACGUUUCUGGCUUGGACACGGACAUCGUGUGGAUGGACCUGGAAAUGACCGGGCUGGACAUCGAGAAGGACAAGAUCCUGGAGGUCUCCUGCAUAAUAACGGACAAGGACCUGAACAUAAAGUCCGAGGGACCCAGCUUCGCCAUAACCAUCCCAGGAGGUGUACGAACGAUGACCGAAUGGUGCAUGAAGCACCAUUACGAAUCUGGAUUAAUAGAUCGCUGCAAGAGCUCGGACGUAAAGCCCGAACAGGCCUCCGAUCUGUUGCUCUCCUAUCUCAAGAAGAAUAUUCCAAAGCGCUCCUGUCCCCUCGGCGGAAACUCUGUCUACAUGGAUCGACUGUUCAUCAAUAGAUUCAUGCCGUUGGUGGACGAAUAUUUGCAUUACCGCAUUGUGGAUGUGUCCACCAUCAAGGAACUGGCUAGGCGGUGGAGUCCCGAGGUUGCAAAGGCCGCUCCCAAGAAGGCCUUCGCCCAUCGCAGCCGGGACGACAUCCUGGAGAGCAUCAGUGAGCUCAAGUACUACAAAGCGAACUUCUUCAAGUAAAAAGGUAUCUCUUUAAAAAAUACCAAAAAUAAUCGUUAGUGAGAGUUGAAUGGUUUAGAUGCAAUUCGUUAAUAAGAGUAUAUAGAGUUCGCAAUAGUGAUUUAAAACAUCUCAAAAAUAUUAUGUUAGAUCACUUAAAUAUAUUUUAAGAGUAUAAAGUUAUGUCACUAACAGAUAUUUAUAAAUAAUUACUAUCAAACUUAAAAAGUACAUAAAUGUGACCACCGGUUAUCUACUCGAUACAAAUAUAACCUCAAUGAGGGAAACAAAGCACA